AUUGACACGGGAGUCAUCUCUGCUGAAGUUCCAGACUGCUCCAGCCAUCCAGGGCAACCGGGUCACAGGGGACAAGGAUAAGCCAGCCGCCCUCAGCCGCCUUUGUCGUCCUGAAGCCCAGAGAGAGGCCAUCUCCCAGGCUCUGGCUCACAGUUCUCAGGAUGGAGCAGGCAGUGCUGCGGAUGCUGGUUAUGGUGGCGCUGGGAAUGCACUACCUGUGUGCCUCAGGUUUUCCGGUGUACGACUACGACCCUUCCUCCCUGCGGGAAGCCCUCAGUGCCUCCGUAGCAAAGGUGAACUCGCAGUCCCUGAGUCCUUACCUGUUCCGGGCCACCCGCAGCUCCUUGAAGAGGGUCAACGUCCUGGAUGAAGAUACCUUGGUCAUGAACUUAGAGUUCAGUGUUCAGGAAACUAAAUGCCUGAGAGAUUCUAAUGAUCCCUCCACCUGUACAUUCCAAAGGGGCUACUAUGUGCCAACAGCUGCUUGCAGGAGCACCGUACAAAUGUCCAAGGGACAGGUGAAGGACGUGUGGGCUCGCUGCCGCUGGGCCUCCACAUCUGAGUCCAUCAGCAGUGAAGAGAUGACUUUUGGGGACAUAGAAAGAUCCUAUAGAAGAAGAAACGAUUAUUUACUUGGUUUUCUUUCUGACGAAUCCAGAAGUGAACAAUUCUAUGACCGGUCACUUGAGAUCCUGAGAAGGGGACAUCUUCCCGCACAUAAAAGGUUCCUGAACCUCCAUCACAGGGCGAGAGCAAAUUCUGGCUUUGAGUGAUAUCCUGGAGAAUCCAUGAAAGAAAGAGAAGCAGAAGCAGCAAUGAAGAAAGACAUGUGGAUAAUUGUGUCAUUUUCUUUUCCACUCUACAAUAAAAUUCUUCCACAUCCCAUAA